AUGGCGGCGCAGCCCGGCGCGGGAGUGGCGAGCGCGGACGAUGGCGGCCGCAGGAAGCUCCGCCUGGCUGCCUCGCUUCAGAUCAGCCCGGGGCCGGGCUCCUGGCGGCCGUCGGGCAGCGGGCCGCCCCGGGCAGCGGUGGGGGACGGCGGGCCCCGGGCCGGGGCCGGAGAGGGGCAGCGCGGGGCCGCGCCCGCCGGGGAAGACCCAGAGGCGCCGCCGGUGAAGGCCCCGAGGGUGUCCGUCCGGUCUGCAGGGCCCGCUGGGGACCUCCCGGCGUCCAUCCCGCUGCCCAGGGACCCGCAGCCCGGCCAGGCUGUGGCCUUGCUGGAGCAGUACACGGCCAGCCUGGGCAUGGCCCUGGCCUUCCGCGAGGACCAGACGGCAGGUCCCGGCUUUCCCUUCUCUGUGAGCGUGGAACUGGAUGGGGUGGUCUGCCCUGCAGGAACGGCAGGCAGCAAGACAGAGGCCAGACAGCAAGCAGCACUCUCUGCCCUCCGCUACAUCCAGAGUCGCCUUGGCAGACCGGAGACCAUCCUGACUCACGAGCAGCGCUGUGCCGCUGUGGUCAGCGCUGGCUUGGAUCGCUUGCUGGAUGAGAAUUCCCCGUACCAGGCCUGCAGGGGCACAGUGGCGGCCGUCAUCUUGGAAAGGGAGAUCCCCAGUGCCAAGGGCCAUGCCAAGGAGAUCUAUGAGCUAGUGGCGCUGGGCACCGGCAGUGGCAGCUGUGCCAGCUGGCUGGAGUUCUCAGGCCGGCAGCUCCACGACUGCCACGGUCUGAUCAUCGCUCGCAGGGCGCUGCUGAGGUUCUUCUUCCGGCAGAUCCUGCUGGCCGUGCAGGGGGGGCCCAAGGGCAAGGAGCAGGCUGUGCUGGCCCCCCAGCCCGGGCCCGGGCCCCCUUUCGCCCUCAAGCCCGGCAUCUUCCUGCACCUGUAUGUCAGCAACACCCCCAAGGGAGCGGCCCACGAUGUCUACCUCCCACUGUCCCCCGAGGGUAGCAUCCUGAACGUCCCGGCCUUCCGCCUGCAGGUCCACGUCUGUGGGCAGCUGAAGCCAGUGUCCUACGUGGCCCCCGCGCUCCGGGACACGCGCGUGGGCUGCCUCUCGGCCAGCGACAAGCUGGCGCGCUGGGCCGUGCUGGGGCUGGGCGGUGCGCUGCUGGCCCACUUCCUGCCACCGCUCUGUGCCACCAGCCUGGUCCUGGCUGACCCAUGCCACGACCCCCCAACUCUGAACAGGGCCAUCCAUGCCCGGCCCAGCUUGGAUGGGGUUCUGGGGUCCGGCCUGCCCCCGCCCUACGUCCGCACCACCCUGCACCUGUUCUCGGGGCCUCCGGUGGCCCCCUCCAGCCCUGCCCCCAGUAGCUGCCAUGGCCUGAGCCUCAAUUGGAGUCUGGGGGAUCCUGACAUUGAAGUUGUGGACGUGGCCACGGGGCGCGUGAAGACCAACGCGGCUCUGGGGCCCCCCUCCCGCCUCUGCAAGGCCGCCUUUCUCAGGGCCUUCCGCCAGGCGGCCCAGGCUCUGGGGAAGCCUCAGCUCCUGGCACUGCAGACCUACGAGGACGCCAAGGCGGGACCCUACCAGCAGGCUCGCCAGCAGCUCUCCCUUCUCCUGGACCAGCAGGGCCUGGGCGCUUGGCCCUCCAAGCCACUGGUGGGCAAGUUCAGGAGCUGA